AUGAUAAGCAUCAAUAUAUAUCUUUACUGUGAAAGAGAUAGUAGAUAUAACAAACCUGAAGUGCGAGUAGUCAAGCGGCGUGAGGCGCGGCUUAGCACCGUCGUCAACUUAGUGGCAUGUCUAUCCACGCGCACUGAACGCGCGACCACCGCUUUUCCACCCACUGCACUACACUUCACUUCACCUCAUUUCCCUCAACACAAACACAAGACACUAUUACACCUGAAACAAGAGAAAAUCAUCGUCAUUAAAGGUUAG